UGGGGAACCGAAAAAAGCCAAUUCAUGCAGCCAUGAACAGACCCCGGGAAGAUUCGGAGAAAUUUUGGCCAGGGGGUGAGCUGGGACUGGUCUUGGCAUUACUGGGGUUCCGGACAGGUGUGGGGAGACCUGGUGGGUCAUCCUGAGGGAAGGCCUGCGUUGGGGGAGCACGGGGCUGCAGAGGACUGAGACGCCAUCGCGGCGACUUCCGGCCCCCUCCCUGGAGCCUGGCUCUGGAGAGCUUAGACCCUCACGUGCCCGGUCACCCCAGCCUGGAUGCACAGGAAGAUGCUGGCAGUACAGUGAGUGAAGCUUGGCAUUUGCAGUGGGGGAGGUUCGAGUGGCCCAUGGAGCUGCAGGCCCAGAGGGCCUCCAUCCAACCCUUCUCACCAGCCUCGGAGAAGCCAGAUGCCUAGACCCUUGGGGGAGGCGCCAGCACACUGAUGUUCCUCAAGUUGUGGGGUCUCCCACGUGGCCUGCUGGGUGAACACGCCAAGGCUGGAGGAUGCCAGCCAAGGGGCGCUACUUCCUCAAUGAGGGUGAGGAGGGCCCCGACCAAGAUGCGCUCUACGAGAAGUACCGCCUCACCAGCCAGCAUGGGCCGCUGCUGCUCACACUCCUGUUGGUGGCUAUCACCGCUUGCGUCACCCUCAUCGCCAUUGCCUUCAGCCAGGAGGAGCACCCCAACCAGGCUGUCCUGGUCACGGCGUUCCUGACACUGGUGGUGUUUGUGGCCCUCUACGUGCUGGUGUAUGCCGGGUGCCUCGUCCGGCGGUGGCUCAGGGCCUCGGCGCUGCUCACCUGGGCCUGCCUCAUGGCACUGGGCUGCGUGCUGGUGUUCGACUCUGGGGGGAAGGAGGCCUGUGCGUUGGAGCAGGUGCCCUACUUCCUGUUCGUCGUCUUCGUGGUAUACACGCUGCUGCCCUUCAGCAUGCUGGGAGCCAUCAUGGCGGGUACCGUCUCCACCAUCUUCCACCUCCUGGUGCUCGGCGUGCUGAUGGGGGCCUUCACGAAGCCCAGCAUCUCGAAGGGGCUGCAGCUGCUGGCCAACGUGGUCAUCUUCCUGUGCGGGAACCUCACCGGCGCCUUCCACAAGCACCAGAUGCAGGACGCCUCCCGAGACCUCUUCACCUACACCGUGAAGUGCAUCCAGAUCCGGAGGAAGCUGCGCAUCGAGAAGCGCCAGCAGGAGAACCUGCUGCUCUCCGUGUUGCCGGCCCACAUCUCCAUGGGCAUGAAGCUGGCCAUCAUUGAGCGGCUCAAGGAGCGCGGGGAUCGGCGCUACCUGCCCGACAACAACUUCCACAGCCUCUACGUCAAGCGGCACCAGAACGUCAGUAUCCUGUACGCAGACAUUGUGGGCUUCACGCGUCUGGCCAGUGACUGCUCCCCCAAGGAGCUGGUGGUGGUCCUGAAUGAGCUCUUCGGCAAGUUCGACCAGAUCGCCAAGGCCAACGAGUGCAUGCGGAUCAAGAUCCUGGGCGACUGCUACUACUGCGUGUCGGGCCUGCCUGUGUCCCUGCCCACCCAUGCCCGGAACUGUGUGAAGAUGGGACUGGACAUGUGUGAGGCCAUCAAGCAGGUGCGGGAGGCCACGGGUGUGGACAUCAACAUGCGUGUGGGCAUACACUCGGGGAACGUACUGUGCGGUGUCAUCGGGCUGCGCAAGUGGCAGUACGACGUGUGGUCCCACGACGUGUCCCUGGCCAACCGGAUGGAGGCGGCAGGAGUUCCCGGCCGGGUGCACAUCACAGAGGCGACGCUGAACCACCUGGACAAGGCGUACGAGGUGGAGGACGGGCACGGCCAGCAGCGAGACCCCUACCUGAGGGAGAUGAACAUCCGCACCUACCUGGUCAUCGACCCCCGGAGCCAGCAGCCGCCACCACCCAGCCAGCACCUCCCCAAGCCCAAGGGCGACGCGGCCCUGAAGAUGCGGGCGUCGGUGCGGAUGACCCGCUACCUCGAGUCCUGGGGGGCGGCCCGGCCCUUCGCACACCUCAACCACCGCGAGAGCGUGAGCAGUGGAGAGACCCCCGUUCCCAAUGGGCGGAGGCCCAAGGCCAUUCCUCUGCGGCGCCACCGGGCCCCUGACAGGAGUGCAUCCCCCAAGGGGCGGUCGGAGGAUGACUCGUAUGACGACGAGAUGCUGUCGGCCAUUGAAGGGCUCAGCUCCACCAGGCCCUGCUGCUCCAAGUCCGAUGACUUCUACACCUGUGGGUCCAUCUUCCUGGAGAAGGGCUUUGAGCGUGAGUACCGCCUGGCGCCCAUCCCUCAGGCCCGCCACGACUUCGCCUGUGCUGGCUUCAUCUUCAUCUGCAUCCUGCUCGUCCAUGUCCUCCUGGUACCCAGGACGACGGCUCUGGGAGUGUCCUUCGGGCUGGCGGCCUGCGCGCUGGGGCUGGUGCUCGGCCUGUGUUUUGCCACUGAGUUCCUGCGAUGCUGCCCCGCACGGGGGGUGCUCCGGGCCAUCUCUGAGAGGGUGGAGACGCAGCCCCUGCUGAGGCUGACCCUGGUGGUGCUGACGAUCGGGAGCCUGCUCACCGUCACCGUCGUCAACCUGCCAGUGAUGCCAUUCCCAGCCCUGGCACUACCAGGAGGCAACGAGACGCGCAGCGGGGCAAGUUCCCCGUGCAACCUGCUCCCGUAUUACACCUGCAGCUGCAUCCUGGGCCUCAUGUCCUGCUCUGUCUUCCUGCGGAUGAGCCUGGAGCUGAAGGUCGUGCUGUUGACAGUGGCCCUGGUGGCCGACCUGGUGCUAUUCCACGUCUACACAUGUUGGCAGGGCGACUGCUGCAGCCACAGCCUGAGCAAUCUCACCGGGACCAACGGCACCCUCAGUGCCUCCGACUGUUUCUGGAGGGAUCUGAAGACCAUGGUCAGCUUCUACCUGGCCCUGUUCUAUGUCACCCUGCUCAUGCUCUCCAGACAGAUCGACUAUUACUGCCGCUUGGACUGUCUGUGGAAGAAGAAGUUCAAGAAGGAGCACGAGGAGUUCGAGACCAUGGAGAACGUGAACCGCCUGCUCCUGGAGAACGUCCUGCCCGCCCAUGUGGCCGCCCACUUCAUCGGGGACAAGCUGAACGAGGACUGGUACCAUCAGUCCUACGACUGCGUCUGCGUCAUGUUCGCAUCUGUGCCGGAUUUCAAAGUGUUCUACACGGAGUGCGACGUCAACAAGGAGGGGCUGGAGUGCCUGCGCCUGCUAAACGAGAUCAUCGCCGACUUCGACGAGCUGCUGUUAAAGCCCAAGUUCAGCGGCGUGGAGAAGAUCAAGACCAUCGGCAGCACGUACAUGGCAGCUGCGGGGCUCAGCGUCACCUCAGGGCACGAGAAUCAGGACCUAGAGCGGCAGCACGCCCACAUUGGCGUCAUGGUGGAGUUCAGCCUGGCCCUGAUGGGCAAGUUGGAUGGCAUCAACCGGCACUCCUUCAACAACUUCCGCCUGCGUGUCGGCAUAAACCACGGACCCGUGAUUGCUGGAGUGAUCGGGGCACGCAAGCCUCAGUACGACAUCUGGGGAAACACGGUCAAUGUCGCCAGCCGCAUGGAGAGCACUGGGGAGCUUGGGAAGAUCCAGGUUACCGAAGAGACGUGCACCAUCCUCCAGGGACUCGGCUACUCCUGUGAGUGCCGCGGGCUGAUAAACGUCAAAGGCAAAGGCGAACUGAGGACUUACUUUGUCUGUACAGACACUGCCAAGUUUCAAGGGCUGGGGCUGAACUGAGGGCUUCUGGCAGAUUCCGAACACGCUGGGAGGCUGAUUUCCUUCCCUGAAGCAAGCCAAGGAGCAGACUCAGCCCCAUGCCGGUCACAGUGGCAUUUGAAGGGCUUGGCCAUAGCCCCCGCCUGGCGGAUGGCUGUGUGCGGCUUCCCUGGACUUGUGCAAGGGGGGGGGGUCUCUUGGACACUUGGGGAAGAUCCAGGCUGGAAGUGACCCCUGAGCUGUACUGUGUGAUGCCGGCCAGAACCUCGUGUUUCUGGGUGCUGGAAGAGGCUCAGAGUGACUCUGAGAUCUUUGUUCUUGGGGUGCUGUGCAGGGGACCUCUCAGCAUGACCGCAGUGGGCUGGGAGCAUGCACAGGGGAGACCUGCUUUUCUGGGUGCAAAGGAGGACGAAGACGAGUCACCUAGUGUGGGUGGGAGACUCCCUGCUCCCUAGCCGGGAGGUGUUGGACGGUGCGCCGCUCCCAGGGCACUCUGGGAAGUGAAGUUGCAAAGGGCGUUUUACAUCCGUAAAUGGUUUCAGACAGUCCAGGGAGAAAAACGUAAUUGACACUUGUUACUUCUUGCCAUCUCUGGCAAAGCGUUUGUUUUGAAUGGACACAUUAUUAAUGGGGGUUUGUCCUUCUUAAUGACUGCUUGGACGCCAGACAGAGGCUCUUCCCUCCAGGGGAUUCUCUGCCUUUUAACCACUGACAUGUAAGCAGGACCAGCGUCCAGCCUGCUGGGAUUGGAGCCCUCAGGAAUGUGGCUCCGAGGAGCGGCGAGGAAUGGCGCAGCCUGGGCUUUGUGGCAGGAGCUGAAAGCCGAGAAAUAGGGACAACCUGUGAGCUCUCCCCUGGCCGUAUGUGUUUAAGUCCUCCCCUGUACCCUUUUUUUGGCAGAGAGAGAACUUGGACGACCCGCAGUACUUCCCUUCCUCUAGUCUUCAUGGCUAGCUUGGAGCACAGCAGGGGUGCGAGGACAGUCCGUACCUGGGUAGCCGACUGUCUUGCAGGGCUGAGAUGUUCUGGGUCUGGCCCUGAGUUGGCGCAGGCGCAGGAAGCCGGGUCUGAGAUGGGGUCUGACUGCUUCAGCACCCAGGGACCUGGACUGCGCUGACUCCUUCCUGGUCAGCAGCAGCCAACUGCCUGUUGCUUUUUCUCAACUGACAUCACCGCCUACAGCCAGGGUGUCCCUGGAUUUCUAGUCCAGCGACUUUGCCAAUACAGCAGGGGCUCUUGGGCUAGACGUCAUCUGUGACCCCCCUGAAAUGAUACUGAAAACCUUGUGUACGAGAACCUUCAAAAGAUCACGCAGAGCUCUGGAUGGAGUGAUUAGCCAGCCAGGUCUGCCUGGGACCCAGGGUCCAGGAAUGCAUUGCCACCCUUGUCAUAGUGCUGUGUCCAAACCAGGGGACGGAGGGCCUGAAAUGGAACCUGCCUGCUUAUGCUGUGUGCUGUUGUAAAGCGUCGCCAGCCUGAGGGUUUGCUCUUGUUUAAGGAAGUGCUGGGCGGCCUAACGGCAGCUCUGAUGUGUGCUGCUCGUAACUGGG